UCUCUCACUUUGGUGUAUAUCAAUUUUUAGACAGUUUGACAGGUCAUUCAUUUUACAUUGAACACAGAGGCGUUCAAAGCGUACAACCAGUAUUAUUAUUCAUAUAAUGCGAUAAUAUUUCUGACACGUUUUUGACAGUUUGACGGCGUUUUAUCCAACAACUGCAUAAACUCCAUAGUCUAAUUUAUCUCGUCAAGACCAACUGCGUGACUUAUUAUUAUCAUUCUAGUGUGUUAUUGUGUAUGUGAAGCAUGAUCAAGUCCAGUCAAUGUGUGUAUGAUAGAUGAGCAAUUUUCAUUCCAAAAUGGCCUUCAAAUUGACAGUUUAUUAAUUUAUCUAAAACAGAAAAUAAAAAAUUAAUAAUCAUAUCCUGUUUCAACAUUACCACUAUUAUUAUUAUUACUAUUAUUUUUAUUAUCGAUCGAUCGAUCAAUCAACGGAUUGCCCAGAAAAAACUACUAUUGAACACAUUGAACAUAAUUGAACACAUUGAACAUAUUUACAGCGCACAUUUCAAUUUCUAUUGAACGCACAACUACAACAUAGACAUUCAAUUUCAUUGAUCAGUUGGUUAGUUGUACUGUUUUGGAAAAAUACAAAUUAUUUGAAUACGUAUCGCAAUACUUCACAAUUGAUUCCGUGGUGGAUUAUUACUGACGUUCUGUUUCAUGUAUAAAAGAAAAAAUCCAAACAUAUUGAUUGAUUGAUUGAUUUGAAUAAAAGAUGGAAUAUGAUGAUACAGUGACUCAGGAUGGAUUUCUUAAUGUUAGAUUCUUUUGAAAACUGAUUUCUCAGAAGCGAAAAAAACAAGAAAUUGAAGCUGAAAUUUAUUGAUUUUGGAUAUACUCUCUGUGUGUGUCUGUGUGCUUGUCUGUAUGUAUGUGUGGUUGUGCGGUUCCCUAUUAAACAGUCAUAUAUUAAUUCAUUGUGGAUUUUAAAUUUAUUGAAAAAAGAAUAUCUACAAUUAUGAAUUCAAACAGUACCAAUAAUAAUAAUAGUAAUAAUAAUAAUCAUAAUAAACCUCGGCAGAAUUCACCUGACACGUACACAUCAAUGAGUCGUACAUCGUGUAAUAAGCAACUUAACAAUAAUAAUAAUAUCAAAACUUCACCAGUCGAUAUAAAUUCUACUUGUGAUGAACAUCAAACUAUUAGUGACAAUGAUAAUACUACUAACAUUACCAUUACAACUUCUGUGACAAGUACUUCAACAUCCAACUUCCCCAAUACACAUUCAUAUCAUCCUGUGAAUGCACCGACAUCAACAUCCUCCUCUACAUCCUCAAUUGAUCCUACAUCAAUGAUUAAUGUUGUUGGUACAGAUCUAUCCAUGGUAACACAGACGACGACUACCACUGCUACAACAUCAUCAUUACCGAAUGAACCAAUCAAUUCAUUACAGUCAAGAUCAUGUGAUUCGACAGGAUCUACAGGCCUAGUAAAUUCACCGAAUUCUUCAUUGGCUACAACAACAACACCAACACCAACACCACCAACACAUCAUAUUAGCCAUAGUAAUAAUAAUACAAUGAAACGUAAAAGUAGUUUGACUAUCAGUGAAGAUGAUUUAACAACAACUACCAAUACUACUAAUACUACUAAUAAUAGUAGUAGUAAUGUACAAUCCUAUUACCCAACAACUUAUCCAACUGUAUCAACGAUCAGUGGAUCAAAUAAUUUAUUGUAUACUGGAAUAAAUCAUAACUCGAGUACUACAACUAGUACAACAACCACAACUACUACUAUAAAUAGUAAUCCUCACCGUUUAUCCACAAAUAAUCCUAUUCAUGGUGGAACACAUCAUACACAAUUAAAUUAUUCCGAUAUAAAUACAAGACAUAAUAAUAAUACUACUACUAAUAAUAAUAAUAGUAGUAUAUCUCAGUCAAAUUUAUCAUCAUCAAGUGGAAUGAAUUCUGGAUCAUUAAAUAAUGUAAAUAUUGGACAUGGCGGUAUGAUGAAUAAUAAUAAUAAUAAUACUAAUAAUACAGAGACAAGUAUACAUAAAGCAAGAUCAGCAUUAUAUGAGCAUCCUCUAUUUCCUUUAUUGGCAUUAAUAUUUGAAAAAUGUGAAUUGGCCACAUGUACACCAAGGGAUCCAAUGUCAGUGGCUGCUGCUGCCGCGGCAGCUGCUGCAGCCGCUUCCGUAUCUGGUCAUACUACUGGUAAUCCAACUACUACUAAUACGACAAACACUGGGAAUAUGGAAGUUUGGUCAUCGGAAUCAUUUAAUGAAGAUAUUAUUGUAUUUGCUAAAGAAUUAGUGAAUUCUCAAAAAACUAUUCGUACUGGUGAUCCUGAAUUAGAUUCUUUGAUUAUUCAAGCAAUUCAAGUUCUCCGAUUUCAUCUUCUUGAAAUCGAAAAAGUACAUGAACUCUGUGAUAAUUUUUGUUCACGUUAUAUUACAUGUUUACGUGGUAAAAUGCCAAUUGAUUUAGUUAUUGAAGAUAGAGAUUCAGCUGGUUCAACUGGUUCAGGAAAUAGUCCACAACCAAUUAAUUGUUCAAUGAAUCAAUCAACGAUGAUGAUGAUGAUGAAUUCAUCAUCGAAUACAACAACAUCAUUAGGAUUACAACAACAACAUGGUAAUAGUCUUCCUAGUGCUACACCGACCACGACAACAACACCACCAAUUGGAAUAAAUUUAUUUCAUAAUAAUUUGGAUGAUUCCAGUGGAGGAUGUAGUAUACAACAGAAUUUAUCACAUUCUACCAUUGGGAAUUAUACAAAUCAUAAUCACCAGAGUAAUAAUAACAGUCAUCAGCAUCAACAUCAGCAACAUCCUCAUCAGCAACAUCCUCAUCAUCAGCAGCAACAGCAACAGCAUCCUCAUUCACGAUUUCAUGGGGAUCCAGCAGCUGCAUAUGCAGCAGUUGCCGCCGCGGCAGCCGCAUCCUCUGUGACACAAAUGGGUGGAUUAUUAGGAUUGGGCAGUAUGUAUCCAUGUUCAAAUUUAUCUAGUGGGUCUAGUAAUGCAUUUCAUUCAAUGUUUGGUGGUGCAGGUGCAGCUGGUGGUGUGGGCGCAGGUGAUCCCCGGUAUCAUUCGAAUCCACAGAAUUCUCCAUUAUCUGGUUUUUCCGAUUCAUCAAAUUACUAUAUGCAACAACAACACCCUCAACACCCUCAACACCACCCUCAUCAUCAAUCACAUCAUGGUAGUCAUACAAAUUAUCCUGGUUUGUAUUCAAACCAAUCGGGGUUUGGUGGCAGUAGCAGCAGUGGUGGUGGUGGUGGUUUGGACUUAGGUAUAGGUGGGGGUGUUGGUGGCGCAAAUGAUCUUCGAUCAUCUUAUACAAAUCAUCCAUCAUUAUCCGGUAAUUUUAUUACUAAUAAUAGUAAUAACAAUAAUAAUGCACAAAAUUUUAUUGGUGGACAUUUACCAAUUGGACACGGUGGAACCGGAUUCGGUCAACAUCAAUUAUCCGCCGAUGCAUUGUCAUCAUCUUCAUCAUCUGGAAUGGUUGGACGAUCAAAAAACUCGUCUCCUUUACUUGGUGGAAGUGUUGGAAGUCGGCGGUCACCGGAUGUCGACGACAGAGCCAGUCCUAAUGGCGGUGGAAAUACAUGUCAUCGGAAUGGAGCGUCCGGAUGUGGAAAUUCUAACAAUCGUGGUGGUGGGGGUUGUGAUGGAGGAGGUGGUGGAGGUGGUGGUGGAGACGGCGGUGGUGGUGGUGGUGGUGAUCGUGGUCGAUCUAUGGAUAAUUCUGGUGGGGGUGGACGUACUGCGUCUGGGACAACAAUUUCCAAUAUUGUUGAACAUAAUUUAAACAGUCGUCAUACUCAUACUAAUCAUCAUCAUCACCAUCAUCAUGCGCAUUCACAAUCACUCAAUCAUAUGUCACAAAAUCUGUCUCAAUCCAAUACACCAAUGUCUCGUAGUCAUGGGAAUGCCAGUCAAGAUAUGAAUAGUGAAGCGGGUGAUGGAAUUGACAAUUCCAUUGGAUCAGGUGAAAAUUUCGAUGAAUUUGAUUUAGAAGAAAAAUCAAUAAAACGUCAGAAAAAACGUGGGAUCUUUCCUAAAGCUGCUACAAAUAUUAUGAGAGCAUGGCUAUUUCAACAUUUAUCACAUCCUUAUCCAUCGGAAGAACAAAAAAAACAAUUGGCUACAGAUACUGGUUUAACAAUUUUACAAGUAAAUAAUUGGUUCAUUAAUGCUCGACGACGUAUUGUUCAACCAAUGAUUGAUCAAUCAAAUCGAGCAGGACCACAUGGUUAUCCUCCCGAUGCAGCAGGAUGUUUACCUUAUAUGGAUAACCAACAUUUUGCUGCUUAUGGACGACCAGUGUGUUGUAAUGAGGAAAAUAAAGGAAAAGGGAAAAAGGAAAAAGGAUUUCGCAACAAUGAACAUAACAACAACAACAAAAUGAAAGUGUAUCUAUGCUGA